AGAGACGGGACAGUCGCCGCAAAACUGAGAUAGACCAGUGAUGUUUGAUACGCCUUAGCAAGUCCUACUUUAGUUUUACACUGGCCACUUGAUAACUUGAUAAGAAACACAUUUACCCUCUGGACGCAAAGGCAUGUCGCAAAGGGCGUACAACGAGAUGUGGGCAGAAGCUCAGCUAGAGCUGAGCUGUCUGCUGGCUGAAGAACUACCUGUGGAGCCCCCUCGCCCAGAAAAGGACAGGGUGGUGUUUUUCCAGCGUCUGGCCAUGCUUUAUGUGCGCUACAUCCAAGUCUUUAGACAGCUGGAAGAAGUUUACGACCUGGUAGUCCACCCUCAGAAGAGACGAAUUAUUGGGACGGUUCUUGAAGCUGUGAUGGGGCGGGUGUUAGAGCUGAAAAAUGAGAUGGUGGAAAAAGAGUUUUCAGAAUACCACUACAUGGAUGAUGUUCUUCAUGACUUGAAGCGUACACCUGCUGACCUUGAGAUCCCUAUUCCUCACUACUUCCUCUCUGAACGCAACAAAGAAGUCCAAGAACGAAAGACUUUGCUGACAGAUAUCCUUAAAUUGGUGGAGAUUAAUGAAAGCCCUGAACUUCUAAUGGCCAAGGAGAUGAGUCAAGAAGAAGCUGUGAAGCUCAUUCAAGUGGCAGAGAGGGCUCGGCAAGGACGCCUUCGGGCAAAGUUGAAUGAAGAAAGCAGAAAAAUGAACCAGAUGCAAAGGACCAAGGACAUUGGGACUGUUGAUAUUGAGUUGUCAGCGAUCUGCAUCCAGAAGGUGUGGAGGGGCUACGUGGAGAGGAAAAGGACAAAGAUUGCUCGUGACGAAGAGAUGAUUCUUUUGGGAAUGAGCAUGGAUCCAAAGUAUCAGGUGCCACGUCCUGCAGAAAUCAGUGCCCAGGCCAGUGAAGCCUGUACACGGUUUAAACAGGAGGAGCAUGAGGAAGCGUACCAAAAGUCUAUUGUGGGUGUCACAAACCAGCUACGAGAAAUGGAGGGUCAUGACAUAGGCAAGACCAUGAAAGAACAAAUUCGACAGUGGUUCCUUGAAUGCCGUAAUUCUACUGGAGUGUUUCCAGACUACCCAGAUGAAGAGGACGGAGGCUCGGCCCUCAUUUUUGCUGAAAAGGACCCUAAGCAGUUAAUGGAAGAAAUUGCUGAAAAAGAAGAGGAGGAUUCAAGCAACAAACCAAAAGGAAAAGAGGAAAAUAAGGAAAAACAGAAGAAAGACAAGGCUAAGAAUGAUGAGGCGGAAGAGGAAGCAGGGUUAAAGAUGCUUCCUUCUGCCUUCCUGUCAGACUUGGAAGUGGGUAACAAAGCAUUUGUAGAUUUUUGGAAAACACGCAACGAGUCAGAGAACUUCCACCAGCGGCAUGAGGUGGAGCUGAUCAAGGAAGAAAAGAGAAAAGACAUUGAAGUUGAAAUUCGAAAACAGGUAGAUGAGCAAAUGAGACAAGAGCUGGCUGAAUGGAAGCUAUUUGUGGAUAAAGACAAGGGUGGAAAGACGAAAGCAAAUGCCAAGAAGAAAAAAGGAUCUAAGAGUGGGAAGAAGAAAAAAAAGGAAAAAGAUCUGACAGCUGAUAGGACUCUUGAGUCUCUGUGUCAGGAGUUGGUGGAGCAGGGCUUGUUGAAGCAAGCAAACAAUGUUAGGCUGCGGGAUUACCUGGGUGACUACAGCUAUCUUGGGACCACACUGAGGCAAAAUGACAUUGAGCCCAUGCCAUCAUUGUCAGACGUGCGACAAGUCUUAUCGCUAUAUGCAGUUUUACCUUUAGGCUCUCAAGCGGUACAUGAAAAGGCUCCUCUGAUAAAGGCCAUCCUGCUGGCCGGGCCGGCCGGUGUAGGUAAAAAGAUGUUGGUCCAUGCAGUUUGCCAGGAGACGGGCGCCUGCCUGUUUGAUUUGUCUCCUCUGACUACGGCAGGAAAGUAUCCAGGCAAGAGUGGUCUUGCCAUGAUGCUUCACAUGGUGUUUAAGGUUGCUAGACUUCUGCAACCAUCAGUGAUAUGGAUUGAAGAUGCAGAGAAAAUGUUCUACAAGAAAGUUCCCAAGGAAGAAAAAGAGCUGGACCCUAAGCGGUUAAAGAAAGAUUUACCCAAGUCCCUCAAACUGAUCAAAGGAGAGGAUCGUGUUCUGGUAAUAGGAACAACUAAAGACCCGCUAAGUGCUGAUAUUAAGGCCUUGUGUAAAAUGUACAGCAAAAUCCUCCUCAUCCCAAGGCCUGACUACGGUUCAAGAUACAUCUUGUGGAAGCACCUGAUCAAAAAGCAGGGAGGUGAGAUAACCAAGGCCUUGGACCUCAGCUCUCUUGCAAAGAUUUCCGAUGGCUACACUCCCGGUCACAUGGUCCAGGUGAUCCAAACUGUUGUUACCAAGCGCCGCGUCCUGCAGCAGGCAAACAGACCGCUGACUGCUGCUGAAUUUGUUGCCCCAUUAGCCAAGAUUGACCCUGUGUUCCAGGAAGAGGAAGAGGCUUUGAAAAACUGGUAUGCAAAGACCCCCCUGGGAAAGAAAAGAAUUAAAGCUGCCACAGGAAAGGAAGAAGAAGAAGCAGCAGCUAAAGGAAAAGAUGCAAAGAAGAAAGGGAAAAAAUAAGUUUAUAUUCAUGCAUUUUACCUUAAUUGUUUUGUAGCUUAUAUGUGAAUUUGUUUGUGUUGAGGCAGAACGGUGUUCUGUUUGAAUAAAAAUGGAAUAA